AUGAGGAGUAUUGAGAAAGAGUGGCUAAAGGAAGGAGAAGCGAUUGGUGAGGAGCAGAAGAAACUUAAGAAAGAUGCUACCAAGAAGAAAGAUGUUUAUGGAGGGUCAAAGGAUUCCACCAAAGCAUUUAGCAAGAAUAAAGCCAAUAUUUCUUUAAGGGCUGAUAUUCAAGAUCCCGAUGGGAAAUUAAGUUCUUGGAAUGAAGAUGAUGCUAGCCCUUGUGAUUGGGUUGGUGUGAAAUGCAACCCCAGAUCCAAUAGAGUGUCUGACCUUGUUCUUGAUGGCUUUGGACUCUCUGGAAAACUAGGUAAAGGCCUCCUUAAAUUGCAGCUUCUGCGAAAGCUUUCGCUAGCGAAAAACAACCUUACGGGAAGCAUAAGCAUUGCUUUUGCUCAGCUUUCUAAUCUGAGGGUGCUGGACCUGAGUGAGAAUAGCCUAUCCGGGUCAAUUUCGAAUGAUUUCUUUAGGCAAUGUGGGUCUUUGAGAUCGGUUUCCUUGGCGAAUAACAAAUUUUCAGGUCAUAUUCCUGAGAGCUUGGGCAUGUGUUCGACGCUUGCUUCACUGAACUUUUCAGGCAAUCAGUUUUCAGGAUCCUUGCCAUCAGGGUUAUGGUCAUUGCACGGACUGAGGAUGCUUGAUUUAUCCUAUAAUUUGUUGGAGGGAGAGAUUCCAAAUGGCAUUGAAGGUUUGAACAAUUUGAGGGGGAUAAGUUUGAGGAAGAACCGAUUAACUGGUGAAGUUCCAGAAGGAAUUGGAGAUUGUUUUUUGCUGAGGUCAAUUGAUUUGAGUGAAAAUUCAUUUUCUGGAGGGCUUCCAAACACAAUGCAGCAGCUUACCCUGUGUAAUGAUCUAGUGUUUGGAAAAAAUGGAUUCACAGGGGAGGUUCCUGAAUGGAUUGGGAAAAUGAGAAGCCUUGAAACCCUGGAUCUUUCUGAAAAUAACUUAACUGGCCAAGUUCCAGAUUCUCUUGGGAAGCUCCUGUCAUUGAAAUUUUUAAAUGUAUCCAAGAAUUCUCUCACCGGAAUCUUGCCCGAGUCUAUGAAGAAUUGUGUAAACCUUCUGACUCUUGAUAUUAGCCACAAUUAUUUGACUGGUGAACUUCCUUCCUGGCCAUUCAAGCUCGGUUUACAGCAACUUCUGUUUUCAGAUAAUAGAUUAAGUGGGAAUGUGGAUAAUGCUCUUGCUUCCUCCUUGGAGAGUUCUUGUCACAAGCUUGUAGUUUUGGAUAUCUCCAAGAAUCAGUUAUCUGGUGAAAUUCCCGGUUCUACCGGAGAUUUCAGCAGCUUGCAUUUCUUGAAUAUGUCGAAAAACUCAUUUGUAGGCAGCAUUCCUGCAAGUAUUGGACAAUUGAAAAUCUUGGAUACUCUGGAUUUGAGCGAUAACCAGUUAAUUGGUAGCAUCCCAUUGGAAAUUGGUGGAGCUACAUCUCUUAAGGAAUUGAGGCUAGAGAAGAACUCGUUCAAAGGCAACAUUCCUACUUCGAUUGGGAACUGCUCUUCACUUAUGUCCUUGUAUCUGGCUCAUAACGAAAUAACUGGCCCUGUUCCUGCAUCACUCGCAAAACUUACUUACCUUGAGACUGUAGACUUGUCUUUCAACAAGCUCAUGGGAACUCUACCCAAGCAGCUGGCCAAUCUUGGACGCCUGCAAUUAUUUAACAUUUCACACAACCAGCUCCAAGGCGAACUGCCUGCUGGUGGUUUUUUCAACACUAUUGCUCCUUCAUCUGUAUCUGGCAAUCCGUCUCUUUGUGGAGCAUCAGUGAAUAGAAGUUGCCCUACUGUCCUUCCUAAACCAAUUGUACUUAAUCCUAACUCGUCUGAUGCCGACACCGGUAUAAUCCCUCAAAGUUUUGGUCAUGAGAAGAAAAUCCUCAGCAUCUCAGCCCUCAUUGCUAUAGGUGCAGCUGUGGCAAUUGUUAUCGGCAUAAUCGCGAUCACCGUUCUUAAUCUUCGUGUACAAGCUUCCACAUCUCGAUCUGCAGCAGCUCUCACUUUCUAUGGUGGUGAUGACAGCCAUUCACCUACGAGUGAUGGUAGUUCAGGGAAGCUUGUCAUGUUUUCAGGUGAUUCUGACUUUAGCACAGGGGCACAUGCUCUGCUUAACAAGGAUUGUGAACUUGGGCAUGGGGGAUUCGGACCUGUCUACCGGACAAAGCUUAGAGACGGACGCUCAGUUGCCAUCAAGAAGCUCACUGUUUCAAGUCUUGUAAAAUCCCAAGAGGAUUUUGAAAGGGAAGUUCAAAAAUUGGGGAAAGUCCAUCAUGGUAAUCUUGUAACACUUGAAGGUUAUUACUGGACCCCUUCACUGCAGCUUCUUAUAUAUGAAUUUGUCUCUGGUGGAAAUUUGUAUAAGCACCUUCAUGAAGAAUCUGUUGGAAAUUACCUUUCAUGGAAUGAGAGGUUCAAUAUUAUUCUUGGUGCAGCUAAAGGCUUGACUCAUUUGCAUCAAAUGAACUUGAUCCAUUACAACAUAAAAUCAAGCAAUAUCUUGAUUGACAAUUCUGGCGAACCUAAGCUUGCAGAUUAUAGUUUAGCCAGGCUGUUACCAAUGUUAGAUCGAUAUAUUUUGAGCAGCAAGAUUCAGAGUGCCCUUGGUUACAUGGCACCGGAAUUUGCAUGCAAAACUGUUAAGAUAACUGAAAAAUGUGAUGUGUAUGGAUUCGGGGUUCUGGUGCUGGAGGUAGUCACAGGGAAGAGGCCUGUUGAGUACAUGGAGGACGAUGUAGUAGUUCUCUGUGACACGGUUAGAGGAUCAUGGGAAGAAGGCAGAGUGGAGGAAUGCAUUGAUAGUAGGCUACAGGGGAAGUUUCCAGUUGAGGAGGGAAUUCCAAUGAUAAAGUUAGGCUUAAUCUGCACAUCACAAGUUCCUUCGAACAGGCCCAACAUGGCAGAAGUGGUUAGCAUUUUGGAGCUGAUUAGAUGCCCUUCAGGAGGUCAGGUUGAAUCAGGAUGA